AUGAGCCAUCUCGAUCUUUCGGGUUCUCCCUCGAAUCUUAUCCCAUCACCCAAAAUGUCGUCCCACGGCCACGGCAGUAAGAAGUCCAAGAAGCAUUCUAAGGACAAAGACUCGUCAGACAUGUAUAUGGAGCGUCGCCAAUCAGAUCGGAGCAAUGCAUAUGUUGUCUACGAGCAUGGUGUAGGCUCGGGGUCAUCAGGAUCCCACAGCCACUCCCAUAGAAGUCACCAUGGAAGCCACCACCGAAGCCACCACGGAGACUCUAGAGGAGCGAACAACCCGUUGGCAGAGCCGGUCACGUCAGCUCAACCACCGGCCCAACCAACUAUACCUGAAACUAUACCUGAAGAGCCGCCAGCCGAGCCGCAGCCUGCACCGAUGAACGAUCAAGCCAGUUUUACUGACCAAUCUGGAUAUCAGACUGUCGUCCAACCAGUUUCCGGUGGUAGAGCAGUCCGCGUAUCAGUAGGAACAGGGUAUACAGCGAAUGGAGUCGCGCCUCAAGCGGGUAACUACUACCCCCCUAGCCAAAACCCAUUCGCAAAUUAUAACAACCCGGCAGGCUCCAGUCAAGCAACGGCCCAGGAUCAAGCGAAUUACUACCACACCAACCAAGCAGCCGGUCAGGAUCAAGCGAAUUACUACCACACUAACCAAGCAGCGGCUCAGGAUCAAGCGAAUUACUACUACACCAACCAAGCAGCCGGUCAAGAUCCAGUAGAUGGCGAUGAAACCUAUCAAGCAGCGGAUCCGGAAACGACGGCUCAAGCGCCUGAAGGACAGAACUAUCCGGAAGGGAAUUCGGGGAAUGUCAACGGCUUGGGAUUCGGUUGGAGCCAACCUGACCCAUCUGGCAGGCAAUAUCUUCAUUAUGAGAAGAAGCACCACAAGAAGCAUCAUCAUCAUCACCAUCACCGCCACUAUAAGAAAUCCAAGUCCUCCAAGGGCGACUCAUGGAACGGUUUGUACCUGGAGCGUAAGAAAUCGGACCGAGGCACUAUUCAUGUUCGCCGUCGUGAUGCGGCUCCGGAGUCGUCGGAACCCCGUGGUCGUUCUCCCGGGAAUUCUAGUGGCCGUCGUGAGAGUUAUCGUGGAAGCCACCAUAGUAGCCCUUCCAGAAGCAGCCGUAGUAGCCCUCUCGGAAGUCGCUAUAGUAGCACUAUCGGGAGUCGCUAUAGUAGCACUAUCGGAAGCCCCGAUGUAAGCCCUCAAAGAAGCCAGCAUGAAACUAGGUAUACAGGCCAGUAUGGAGACCAGCGUGGAAACCAGCAUGGAAGCCAGUACGGGAACCAGUAUGGAAAUCAGUAUGGAAGCUAUGGAGGCCCGAACAUCCCGCCUGCACAGCCGGUCAUGCCAACUCAACCAACCAUACCUGAAGAACCAGUUCCAUUUCCUUCUGAACCGAGAGACCAGCAAUCUGCACAAGCUGGAUACAGAGUGGUAGAGAUGCCAACGCCAGGAGGAAGACCAUUACGAGUAUCGGUUGCAACUGGAUAUACAUCAAAUGGGGUCGCGUAUCAAGCAAAUGGCUACUUACCCCCUAAUGGAAACCCAAAUGCAAACCAGUACCAAGCGGCCAGUAACAGCCAAGCGCCUGGCUGCAACAAAGACAACCCAGUAAAUCAAUACUACCGAGGAAACUGGUUUUAA